AUGAGAAGGAUAAAAAAUGAAUUGUUCCGCAGCAACAGUCACACACUCUUUGAUUUGAAGCAAAGCGGCUGUUUGGGUUCCCUAUGGGGAGGAAACAUACAUGGGGGAGGGGCCCAUUUUUUGAAGCGCUGGAGGGGGGAAAAACACACCUUCGCAGAAAAAACGAACCCCAGAUAUGAAACGAGGAAGAGGGGAAUUGGAUCACCACUUUUUAACGGCAUACCUGGUGAUAAUUUUACGAAUGCCAAAACAGCAUCAUUUGGUGAUGCUCCCCAGAAGGGGAAAAUUGGUGAACUUCUUAAACAUGCCGUGCAAUACGUUAAGGCCCACGGGGGGAAACGAAGCAAAUUGAGUGACAACGCACUGCGCGUAGUAGAGCGCAUUUUUAAGAACAACAUACUCUUCCACAAUUUGAGCUUUAUCCAUUUUAAUAUGCUCCUGACGGUUAUUAGCAAGGGGGAAAUAAGAAUGAGUAAGGAAAUGCAAAACGGCAUUCUGCAUUUACUACACAGGCAUAUUUCGUCCUACCCAAAUGAUAUUGACAAUACGGGUUCUGCCUGGAUUAACAUAGCACAUUUACUUUCCAGCAUCUGUAGAAAUGAUAAAACUAUGUUACGUUUAAUUAGGAAAAAGGAUCAGAAUGCAACGAAUGAGGACAUAAAAAAAGAGGCAGAUCUUUCGUUUGUGGAUAAAUUUGUACGUAGAAUAUGCAAACGGAACGAUUUCAAUUAUUCGAUAAGAGAAAUUUCUUUACUCUUGCACAGCUGUUACCACUUAAAUAUCAGAAGUUACCAACUGUUUGAUGCCAUUUUUGAUGAGCUACAAAAAAAGGAACACCAUUUUAACUGUCUAGAUGUUCACAUUUUUGUGUACGCGGUUUACAAAUUAGAACUGCAAAGGUAUGCUCCAUUUUUGGAGGAGUUAAAAAAGAAUAUUUUGCAAAACAUACACCAUUUCUCAAGCGGACAGAUGGUAAAUAUAUUGUUAGCGUAUACGUACUUCUACCUCAAGGAGGGAGGGGCGAAUGGGAAACUUCCUUUGAAGAUAGAUCCGUUCAUGAGUAUCAUUUAUGACACGUGUUGGCAUAUGGUAAGCAAUUUCUCCAAUAGAGAAUUUUGCAACUUCCUCAAUUUUAUUGUACAAAAUGAAGUUAGCUUAACUGAUGAACAACGGUCUGAGAUGUUUGGCAUCAUUUUUAAUCUCCUAAAGAGUCAACACAGAAACAGAUUAAAGCUUAACCAGAUGAUCGACUUGGACGUUUUCACGAUAGUAAAUUUUGCUUACAAGUAUGGGAACUGCGGAACCACAUCGUACAUGAAAGAUAUGCCCUUCGAGCAUUUGGACCAUUUGACUACCCAAUUAAUUAGGAAGAACAAAUUUGCACCAAAUUUGCUUGUCUACCUGCUGCACUUUUACAAACAGAGAGUGGCUAACCACACACAGCUACAUUUUUUGCAGCACAUUUGUGUCAACUCCCUCGAUUUCAAAAUGAAAGUUAUCCUACUAACUUCACUGGAGAGGUACCUAACAAUGGGGAUAGAAAUUCACAGGGGAGUACCACAAUGCAGAUUUUGCAUUAAAAAAUAUUACCACGAUUUUGUGAAAAGCGUUUACGAUGACCUGUCCAGGGGGGAAAGUACACGCACUGGAGAGAGCACAAUGGACACCUCUCUGAGGCCAAACGGCAGUACCAACAUGGCCGUAACCUACAACAGGGUCGUAAUCUCCAGCACGGACAUUAAAGAAAUAUUAAAAUUCAUUAGAAGUACAACUCAGAAUGGCGAUAACAAUCAUCAGCAUUCUGGCGGUGAGUCGUCCGGCACCUCCGUAGAAAGGGAGACAAUCAAAUGGGAACGAAUGCUUCUCAAUAGGGCCAGCGAAUACGCGACGAAGAAUAAGCUAGUGGAGUUAUUCCCUCUCAUCCUGGUGAAUAGGCAUGUGCGCGCGGAUAUCUGCAGCCAAGCGGAGGGAAUUAUAAACGAUCAUUUUGAGAACCUGAAUGAGUAUUUGCUAGUCUAUGAAGGAAGCUCAAAUGGUAUGAAUAGGUACCAAAAAAGUAAAAACACUUUCCAUUUUUUCCACGCGCUAAACUUAUGUAAUGAAUGCAUUUUCACUAACAGGGGCGGCGGAGAUGUCAAGCAGUUUGUGAUCAAGAAGAAAUUUCUACUGCGCUGUAUAGAUCUCACGUCUAUCAGCGAAGAAAAUAAAAAAUAUUAUUUCGAGUUACAUGUACAUAUGCUCCUAUUCGAUAUAAACAACAAUUUAGACUUUUUUACCAACCACCUGCUAGCCAAAAUUUCGAAUUAUCUAGGGACCCCUAAUUUGAGUUAUGAAAACAUUCUUGUAAACUGUGUCGAUAUAUUUUCUUCCAUAAUCAAAGUGCAACCCAUUUAUUACGACGCUUACCUGAGCCAGGUUUAUAAGUACAUAUUUCAUCCACUUCUUUGUCACUAUGAAAAGUUAGACUGUAAACAUUUGUCUCUUUUAUUCUAUGCCAAUUUAGUUCACUUACUUUUACAUUUGUAUAAGCGAAAUAUGCUUUUGUCCCACAUCACUUUAUCCAUCCGAUUGAUGAAAAAAUUGUUUAGCCAUAUUAUAAACUCUAUGGAUGAAGCCACCUACAAGUUAACAGAGGCACAUUGUGCAGAACUGUCCGAAUGCCACACGAGGGAUAGAGACAGAAAAGGGACACCAUCGUUACUUCUACCUUUGAACGAUUUAAUUUACAUCUAUAGAGUGCUCACAAUUUUUCACUUUGCGGAUUUGUACGCGCACAUGGAUGUGCAGGAGUUAAAAUGCUUUUACGCGUUUUACAAAGCUUUGAAUUUUUCCAUUUUCAAUGUGCACAACUUCUGCGUGACCGAGUUUACGCAGACGAAUAGAGGCGCCUCGAACGUGCAUACCGCCGUAGUGAACUCCCUGAAUGGCCUUUUCAAGGCAAACAAACGCGUAAAAAUUAUAUGCGAACAAGUUGUGUUCCCGUUAUUUAUAAUAGACAUUUUAAUUGACAGAAAUUGA